UAACUCUCAUCCUUACUGUUGUUAUAAGAAGAAGGGCUGCCUGCCUGCCAGUUUUUGUAAGUGGACGGCAAAAGCAACAUUCAGAGAUGAGUUUGACUGCUAUUCUGUCAGAGAUCGACGGUGGAGAUGACAAGGGAGUUGGAAAGCUUUUGCAGAAGUUUAACAUAGAGAACCGCCACACGUUUGCCUUUGACCACAAAGAGGAGGAUGCACGAAUUAAAUUGUGUCAGGGUCUUCUUACAGUCCUUCGUCGGUCAGAUCAUCCACUUUGCCAAAGCACCUGCCUGGAGACCCUGCGCAUUCUGUCGAGAGACAAGCGUGUACUUGGACCCGUAGCCACCAAAGAGGGCAUCCUUACUCUAGCAGGACUGGCACGGAUCCAUGUGGCGGGACAUGACGGAGAGCCGCUAGAGGAGGCACAGUCAGCAGAGGAGGAGAGGGUUGUAGUGGAGGCCCUCAAGUGCCUUUGCAAUGUAGUGUUUAACAGCGUGCCGGCACAGCAGGUGGGCGCUGAUGUGAAGUUGGCAGAGGGUCUGUGUGCCCACUUGCCUUCGGUCAGCUCGUCCCAUCACGAGGUAGGCCUUUUCUCCCUCCGGCUGCUGUUUCUGCUUUCCGCCCUGCGGACGGAUGUGCGUGGUAUGCUUCAGAAGGAGGCGGGUGCAGUGAGGCUGCUCACUGACAUACUGGAACGCACCCUUGACGUCUGUUGGGUGGGGCAAUAUGAGGCCGCACCACCUAAACCAGAAGCCCUGCCCAUUUCCUCAGAAAACAAUGAGCUUGCCAUGGAAGCCCUUAAAGCUCUGUUUAACAUCACUAUGUCUGAUUCCAGUGAUGAGGACAAUGACCACCAGCUUCGGCUGAUUGCAGGCAUCAUGAGACAUCUCCUAAUGCUCAAGACACACACUGACGAUAAAACUGAGGAGGCUCACAGUCAUACCAUAAAUCUCCUGAGUAACCUUCCCGUGCGAUGCCUGGAUGUUCUAAUAGACGUCCCUGUCCAAGGUGGGAUGGAAAUGUAUGGUGGGAAGAACAUGGACGUAGUGCAGAUACUUCUAGAUUUUAUGGAAAGGAGGAUAGACAAGGGGACCAACUAUAAAGAAGGCUUGACACCUGUGCUGAGUCUGAUGACAGAGAGCUCUAGAUACCACAGGGAGAUCCGCAGAUACCUCAAGACCCAGGUGCUGCCUCCCCUGAAGGAUGUGAAGGAAAGGCCGGAAAUCGGUUGCACAGUUCGAAACAAACUGGUGCGUCUCAUGACGCAUGUAGAUAUGGCAGUGAAACAAGGGGCCGCUGAGUUUCUCUUUGUGCUCUGCAAGGAGAGCGUGGAUAAUCUGUUGAAGUACACUGGUUAUGGUAAUGCUGCGGGACUGUUGAUGGCACGAGGGUUGCUGGCCGGAGGCAGAGGAGAGACAGAGUACUCAUCUGAUGAAGAUUCUGACACUGAGGAGUACAAAUCAGCCAAACCAUUUAUCAACCCCAUCACAGGUCACAUAGAGCUCCCAAUGCCAAACCCUAUGGAGGAGAUGACAGAGGAGCAGAAGGAAUAUGAAGCUCAGAAGCUUGUCAAAAUGAUUGAUGAAUUAUCAAGAUGACACCAUCCUCUAGAAGUAUUGUGCUUGUUUUCUCAUCACCUCAUCAUCAGGCUCGAUAUGUGCAGGGCCGCAUUCAUGUUGACCUUUUCCUAAACAACCGUUGGGGUAAACUAGCGAGAGGUGUAGCGCUGUUGCUCCGUCCGCGGUCCUUACCAACCGCUUCAUUAAGACAAGAAUCCUCUCUACCGUCGUCCUCCGCCUCAUUUAAAGCUGGCCUUCCACAUUCAACAGGAGUCAAUGAACAACGACCGAACACCACAGCCUUGCUGCAUUAAUUAACAGCUAAUUGGUGCACACAGUGGGGUCGUGGGCUCAGGCUCUUUUGUACAAUACACUGAGGUUUUAUAAUACAUAUAUGUGGUUCUCUUU